CUGCCGUGGUUGGUUGUGGUCGGAGCAAAGGAAGCUAGGAGGCGAUAAAGGAAACAUCUAGCAUCGUAGAUAAACACCCUAAGAAGGUGUGAACCCAGCGAGCAGACAGCUGCCACAACCCCAGGAGACCAGAGACCAGUAAAGACACGACUGAGUCCUAACAGCGAAGUACAACAUGUCUGAGACGUACGAUUUCCUAUUUAAGUUCCUGGUGAUUGGCAGUGCUGGAACAGGAAAAUCCUGCCUCCUCCACCAGUUCAUUGAGAACAAAUUCAAACAGGAUUCAAACCACACUAUAGGCGUGGAGUUUGGUUCCAGGGUGGUCAACGUAGGAGGAAAGACGGUCAAACUACAAAUCUGGGACACGGCCGGGCAGGAGAGAUUCCGUUCUGUGACACGCAGCUAUUACCGAGGAGCAGCCGGUGCACUACUCGUCUAUGAUAUUACCAGCCGGGAGACGUAUAAUGCCCUGACCAACUGGCUGACAGAUGCACGAACACUGGCAAGUCCCAACAUUGUUAUUAUCCUGUGUGGCAACAAGAAGGACCUGGACGCAGACAGAGAGGUGACCUUCCUAGAGGCUUCACGCUUCGCUCAGGAGAACGAGCUAAUGUUCCUGGAGACCAGUGCUCUGACUGGGGAGAAUGUCGAAGAGGGUUUUCUCAAGUGUGCUCGCACCAUUCUCAACAAGAUAGAUUCAGGUGAGUUGGAUCCAGAGAGAAUGGGCUCAGGUAUCCAGUAUGGAGACGCUUCGUUGAGGCAGCUGCGACAGCCAAGAAGCAACACCACACAGAACAAACAGCAGUGUAAUUGCUAGGGAAUGGGCCCCACCCUCAUGUCAGCCCACAAAUCCACACAGACCACACGUCCCCUACAGCUCCAGGUGUUUUGGGGUGUGUCGGACCCUCCUCUGCAGUCUCACACACCUUGGAUCACCUGGAUUUAGUGGUCACAGAGAUCACUGCAACCCCUGACCUCUGACCUCUGGUAAGAGUUUCUCCUUCUUGUCUGAGGAGGUCACUUUGCCCCUGCAUCUGGACCAGGGAAACCCCUCAGUGUGAACUCGGUAGGAUAAUAAAGAAGAGGAAUGGUUUCUCAGUUACUUACCAGACAAGGACGUGUCACGGGUUGUGUAUGGGCUGCCCUGCUGUUUUAUCCUUGUGCUUUUUGUUCUGGUUUUUAGUCACAUACUCCUACAUGCUUUGCACACCAUUGUUUGUAAAUUAUUAUUUUGAAACUUUUGGCAUUUAUGCAACAUUCAACCUGCCCAGGUAUGGUUUCACCUUUUUUUUUUGACAUUGACAAAGGUAUCAUAUUUUCAUUAUUUGAUUUCUUAUUUGCACUCAACAGAACUCCUCUUAAAUUAGCCUGUCCCUGAUGGUGACAAACUAAUAUACAUCUCCUCUUGUAAGUAAAACUGAGUCAACAUGAGUGUCACAUUUUGAUUACGUGUCCGUAUAAGUAUACUUUGACCCAGAUGCAUUUCAGAUCUCUGUGAAGGUUUCUGCAGUUGUUAUUCAUUCACUUUUACUAGAUCUGAUUGAAAUUGAAGCAGCUCAUUUGUGGAAUUUGGUGUAUUUGAGAUCUUUAAGUCAUUUUUGGUUUGUAUUGAAAUUCAUCAUGUAGAGUAUUGGCCUUAGUAAUACACUCAAUAUUGUGAUUUGAUUUGAUUUGAUUUGAUUUUUUUCAUUUUUUUUUUUUUCAUUUUUCAGUCACUGUGUCUCUUAUUUGUCAGUGCCGUCUUUUUAAUGGGUCAGGUUGAAAGCACAAAAAAAGACUUUCUGUUGAUUUUACUGCCUAAAGUCCUGAAGUCUGUAGACUUGCAUUGUCAGAUUCAGACCACGUGUAAGUCGCGCGUGUAAAACUAUCUUCUCUUUGCAAAACUACCGAUGUCUUUGACUCCUCCUGCUGGGCUUUUUCACCAUUUAAUCUUGACCUCCCUUAAAUUCAUGCUGCUCUACAUGCACAUACUCUACAAGGGACGUCACAGGAAACCACAGCUGGUUUAGCCUCAGUGCCAUGUUUGGAAGUUUCACCCACCCACCCGGUUCCCUUAUAAAGGCUCGACACUGUUUUAAAGGUUGCUUGAUAAAAGUGAACAUUCUGUUUUUCACUUUGCAUUUUCGCCUGUUGUUGCCGAGCACCGACGCAGCCCUCAGUCCCAGCAGAUUGAGUCACCAAGCUUGCCGAGCUGACCCAGAUGUUUUCUCCUUAGAACAGCCCCUGUGUUGCUCUAGAGCGAAACGGGGAAUUUCCACUGAAGCACGGUUUCCUCUAUGUAACCCUGAGAGCGGGGUUUGUAGUGUUGCUGGAGGAGCAUGAUGUUAACGUAAAAACAUCCCAAAGUCCCGCCUGACUGAGUUAAAGGCACUGCUUCUGUCUUAACCACCAAAGGCAGGUUGCACUGACCCAGCCACAGGGAGAUCAAAACAAACUGCCUGAAAAACGUAUUUCUCCUCAAGUGUUAGCAUAUGUUCACGUACACAAACCAUAUGAGUUUAAGCUCCAGUGAGCCAGCACACUUAAGGAGGAAGGAUGGUGGAUUGUGCAAACAUGGAGUAAAUGUAUGAUAUCAAGAGACAGAUGGUCAAACAAAAUUCAUAAAAUAUUGGCAUUGUGUGAUAGUUUGUCUCCUUCUGCAAGUGCACUUUUACUUUUGAAAUUUCAUUUUUGUUUUGUUUAUAUGCUGUAAGUAUAGAAUUGUACAUUUUAUUUUACUUGAACUGAAUACUGUAAUAAAGAUUUUAAUUGUAGAUGUCAUUAUUUCUUACUAAAUAACAACUGAGAUGGUAAUUAGAUUUCAUAAUUCUGUUACCACUAAAGACUGAUGUGAGGUGACAACUCCUGCUAUGUGAGAGUUGAUUUGUUGAUGGUUCACUGCAGACGUGGAUGUAAUGAUGAAAGGAUGUAGACUUCCUGAGCUGCAGGAGGCUGUCAACAACCGAAUCAUUCAUAUUCACAAGUUGUUGCAGACACAGUAAAGUGUUUUCCUCUAAGUGGUUGUAUACUGUUGAAUUUACUUAGAAUACAUCUGUAUUUAUGAUCCUGUACAGCUCAUAACAAACACUCAUUAUAAGUCAUUUAAGCUUUAUUUUAUGAUGGAGUUUAUAACUGGAUUAAAUCAUAUAAUGAACACAAUCCAACUCAGUUGUUGCUUAGUAACAAAUGUUAUAUAAUCAACCUAAAUACUACUGUACAUCUGAAGUUAUGCUGUAAAUAAGAUUUGUCUAUUGUCAGUUGAGGGUGAGUGUUGCUCAUUGAUUGUAAUGAAUAUGCAAUUCCCAGUAAACUGCUUGUUUUUUCAGUUA